AUGACAGGUCAACAGCUUAAAAAGACGCAACCCACUAAUAGAUUAUUGUCCGAUUUAGAUGAGGAUAGUAAGACGGAUGAGCAAUUAGCGCCAGAUGCAAUUGCAAUCCAGCAAGUAGCCUAA